GGCUCUCCCAUCCAUUUCAGAAGCUUCGGGCCAACCAAAAAAAAAAAGUGAUCGUAGAUUUUUGUUGCUAUCGCGUUCUUUUGAUCGAAUCGUUCUUGAAGAUGAACUCUCUUGCAGUCCGAUUCUCCAGGCUUCUCAGGAGUUCUCCUACUUCUCCUUUAGUUGUGAGUGCUGAAAGAAGCGCGAGGUCGUGGUUUUCGAGUGGUUCGAUAGAUGAAGAGCUUGUGGACGAAGAGUUCGAACAAAGCCUUCCUGAAAGACCUGAGCUUAAACCCCAAGGAGUUGAUCCCCAUAAAGGCUGGGGGUUUCGCGGUGUUCAUAGGGCAAUCAUUUGCGGGAAAGUAGGCCAAGCCCCACUGCAGAAAAUCCUGAGGAAUGGGCGAACAGUCACAAUCUUCACGGUAGGGACUGGUGGCAUGUUUGAUCAGAGGCUGGUGAAUACAAGCAAUCAGCCAAGACCGGCUCAGUGGCACCGGAUUGCAGUCCACAAUGAAGCUCUUGGCUCUUACGCUGUUCAGAAACUCGCCAAAAAUUCUUCGGUAUAUGUUGAAGGCGAUAUCGAGACCAGAGUGUACAAUGAUAGCAUUAGCAGUGAGGUGAAGAGUAUUCCAGAGAUUUGUGUUCGCCACGACGGGAGAAUUCGGAUGAUUAAACACGGGGCAAGCAUGAACAAAAUCUCUUUCGACGAACUGAAGGAUGGAUUGUUUUAGUCGCCAUUGCCGAAGAGCAUAAGGAACACAAGAAAGAAUCUGCUGUUUCCUUGAAGGGUGAGAGGACAAUGACUUGUUUUGGUAUGAUGAUAUUCCGGUUUUUCAAACCGAUCAAAUUCGAUUUUCAGACCGGUUCGGUUAAGACUUCGGUUUAUUUAUGUAGGUGUAUAGUAUAUCCACUGCGUCUUUAUGGGCCAAAGCAGCGGCCUGUGUAGCCCAAUGGGCUGGCUUGUUUUAGUUUUUUGUUUCACUUGCUCAUUUGUUAAGUAACUAAUUCUCUUCUAAAAGAUUGGAGGGCCCAAUAACUU